AUGAGAAAAAUACCAAAUAAUGGGAACCUGAAGAUGACAAAAGUGGCUUACCCCCUGGGGCUGUUCAUUUGCCUGUUCAUCUAUGUCGCCUAUAUCAAGUGGCACUGGGCCUCCGCCACCCAGGCCUUCUUCAGCAUCACUGAGGUAGCGUCUGGGGCCCGGAGGGGCCAGCAGGCUCAUAGUCCUCUGGGGACAGCUUCACAUGGUCAUGAGGUUUUCUAUGGCAUCAUGUUUGACGCAGGAAGCACUGGCACCCGUGUGCACAUCUUCCAAUUCGCCCGGCAGCCUGGAGAAACUCCCACUUUGACCCAUGAGACCUUCAAAGCACUGAAGCCAGGUCUUUCUGCUUAUGCUGAUGAUGUUGAAAAGAGUACUUCGGGAAUUCAGGAAUUACUGGAUGUUGCUAAAAAAGACGUUCCUUUUGACUUCUGGAAGGCUACCCCCUUGGUUCUCAAGGCCACAGCUGGUUUACGUCUAUUACCAGGAGAAAAGGCUCAGAAGUUACUGCAAAAGGUGAAAGAAGUGUUUAAGGCAUCGCCUUUCCUUGUGGGAGAUGACUGUGUUUCCAUCAUGAAUGGAACGGAUGAAGGCGUUUCAGCGUGGAUCACCGUCAACUUCCUAACAGGCAGUUUGAAAACCCCAGGAAGGAGCAGUGUGGGCAUGCUGGAUUUGGGUGGAGGGUCCACUCAGAUCACCUUCCUUCCAAGAGUCGAGGACACCCUCCAGACCUCCCCGCCUGGCUACCUGACGUCACUCCAGAUGUUUAAUCAGACCUACAAGCUCUAUUCCUACAGCUACCUGGGCCUCGGAUUGAUGUCGGCACGGCUAGCAAUUCUGGGUGGCAUGGAGGGGAAACCUGCUGAGGAUGGAAAGGAGUUGGUCAGCCCUUGUUUGUCUCCAGGUUUCACAGGAGAGUGGCAACAUGCUGAAAUAACAUACAGAAUUUCAGGACAGAAGGCAGCAGUGAACCUCCAUGAGCUGUGUGCCAGCAGAGUGUCGGAAAUCCUUCGAAACAAAGUGCAUAGAACAGAAGAAGUGAAGGAUGUGGAUUUUUAUGCUUUUUCCUACUAUUAUGACCUUGCAGCAAAUGUUGGCCUCAUAGAUGUGGAGAAGGGAGGCAGCCUCGUCGUGGGAGACUUUGAUAUCGCAGCCAAGUAUGUGUGCAGGACAGCGGAGACCCAUCCUCCAGGCAACCCCUUUCUGUGCAUGGACCUCACCUACAUCAGCCUGCUGCUCCAAGAGUUUGGCUUCCCAGAGAACAAAGUGCUGAAGCUGACUCGGAAAAUCAACAAUGUUGAGACCAGCUGGGCUCUGGGGGCCAUUUUUCAUUACAUCGACUCCCUGAGAAGAGAGAAGAAUCCAGCCUCAUAG